AUGGGUGAACACGGGGAUAUACAACUCAGAACUUUACACAGUUUAAUCUGGAAAAGAUACUGUGAAAUUAACAGUUACAAAUGUUGGAGCACGAGCGGUAAGUGGAAUCAUCAAUUAUGCUUGGACUUGGACAAUGUUAAAGUUGUAAUUAAGCCUCCAGCUGAUUUAGAUAAUGAUUCUCGGGAUUUAUCAUCUUCUCGGAUAAAGCUAAUAAAUCGUACAGUGUUCU